AUGAUUUUAAAAUUUGAAACUCAUUUUAAUUUCAUAAGAUAUCUAGUAAAAUGCCUUCAUGGUGACCUUAAUCUGCAGUCGGGAUCAUUAAAUUAUAUUCACUGUGUGUUGAUAACAUCACAGGAUAGAUAGCUAUUGUUGUUUUGGAACAAUUAACUGAUCCCGUCUGGAGAUGAAGAUAGAGUUCUAAAACAUCAAAGUCAAAGUUUAAGAUUUAUAUCACAUCUAUUGCGUAUUGUUGGCUGGGGAUAAUUUAAUACUGAACUGACCAAUGAAAGGGAAGGGGACCACCCCUCACCUCAAGAGUGCCACUGGACUUUUAGGACAGUUGAGCUUAAGCUUUCAUCGUAUGUACAUUAUUUGAAUGCUCUACUUAAACAAUAAAAUUCUGUAACCAUCCAAAGAUUUAUGUUGGUUAUACUGGUGGAGACAAGUGGAAGAUCCCUAUACAACCUCUCAUGAGCCAGCCAAACAAUAACAGGGUGAAUACUAGGAGCGCAGCGGCAGCAGAAAUGGCGAAUGGAAGACAAGAAGAACCUCUUCCCCAGCAACAAGCCCAAGUGCUUGUUACCUUUCCCACUUUUUUUACCCCAGAUCCCUUUUAUGGGGACGUUGAGGAGGAACCGCAACACUGGCUUGCAAAGUAUGAGGCGUUUGUGGCCAAUCAGCCAGACAAAACGCAGUAUCUGCCUUUCUUAUUAAAAAAAAGGGCAGAACUAUGGUUUCAAGCUCUACCAGAAAGAGUAAGAAAAGACUUCACCUUAUUUAAAGAAGAAUUUCUAAAUUCUUUUCAACAAACCCAGCAAAUGAAGCUGCAGAAAACUGUUGAACUGUUUCACCAAAAACAGGGGGACGCAGAGACAGCAGUAGAUUUCCUCACAAGGAUGAGGAAACUGGGGAGAAGCACUACAUUAGAUGACAAUAGUCUGAUUUGUGCCUGUAUAAAUGGGCUCAGACCAGAAAUCCGGCCCUUCAUAAUUCAGAAACAAGUUCAGACAAUGGCUGAGCUGCACCAAGCAGCAGCCUUGGUAGAAAUAAGUUUCAAACCUACAGUAGCAAGUGCAGCUACUGCAGAAGGGAACUUGAUCCAAAGCCUGAUGAAUCGGAUCAACAUUCUAGAAAACAAACAGAAGUCCGUGACUUUUGAACCAGCCCCACGAGGACGACCGAUAAUAAAACAAGGAGAAAGAAGACAUUCCCAGUCGCCUAGAGGAAGGUCACCUGAACGGAGAGAAGAAUGCGGGAGAUGUGGCAAGAGAAAUCCAGUGGUGAAAGGUCCAGAGGAAAGGUCCUAUAGCCUGAACAACAGAAGACCUCAUGCUAGAAUGGCCAAAUGCUAGGGUGGCUAAAUGUUUAGAGUCUACACUGAGCUACACCCUUCUCUUCUGGUUAUGGAUGCCUUCUCCACCCAUACCACUGAGAGAGUGGUGCAGGCACUGUAGUGAGUGUCAGCAAAGCCAGCCAUCAUCCCAGGAGGGUGCACCUCUAAGGCCUAGCCCCUUGAACAAGCCAUUAAAAGGCCAUCUUAGGAGGAUGUGGUCUGAGAGGAUGUGUGAAGAUGGCAAUAAAUAUGCCAGGUCUUACAGGUACCCAUGUUCCAUCCUCUUUGCUUAUAUUACCCACAACUCCUGGUGUGUUCUAUAUAAGUAAUAUAUUUCUAUUGCUCCUAAUUUCAGGUGACAUCCACCCAAAUCCAGGUCCUCAAAAACAGGUUGAGGGAGUAAUUAUAAUGUUUGCUAACAUCAGAAGCAUCGGCGGUGAAAAUGGUGCAAGAUUUGCAAGAACAAAGAAUUCUUGGGAGAUAGAAAUGGUGUCAACUGGACGAAGAUCCCCCUCCCCACCCUCGAAAGUCAGCAUUAGAGGAAUCGGAGGUUGAAGGAGAUUUUUCAGCUGAUGAGUGGGAGGAUCCAUGCCUAGAAAAUGCUGAAUGGUAGAAGAAAGUACCUUUGUUUAUAGUUUGAUCAAAAUUGGGGUGUUAUUUUUUUGUCGAUGCAGAAAAUCAUAAAACUUCUAGAUCUCCCAAUCACUCCAGUCAUUACACUACUUAAAUUGUGUUUUUGUACAAAAAGACAAUUAAACAUAUUGCAUUUCAAAGCCGCCUAACUUGCAAGUCGACAAAUUCAAACCAACUUUGUUUUUAUCAUAAAUGCACUUUAAGUGGUAGACAUUUAUCUCUUCAUUAUUAAAAAAUAUUUUCCAGGUGUUUGUGUUGUUCAUGUCAUCCAAUGUCUGAUGGACUAGAAUGCAUAUGUUGUCGUGAGCUGAGCCCCAUAGAAGACAGACUAGAAAAUGAAAAUUGCAUCAUGCAUGUGGCUACCUUCACCAGUGUGUGUCUUAACAGAGACCUGAUUGAAGUUAAUAUGUACCAGAACGUGGAACAGGAAGGACCAACUGAUGACAAUGUGCCCAUCAACAAGUUAAAUCAUUUCAUAGCUUAUCGCUCCUUUACAAGGUGGAUAUCCACCAUAAUUUAGGAAGGAAGAAGAGAAUGGUUAUUCCCUCCUGUGUUUUAUUUAACAUAAGAGAGAGAUUUCCAUCCCAGGAGUACAGAGGUUUUAAGGAUGCAAGACCAUGAUAACUCAGACGUCUUUCUGGGGACCAGUUCAUGACCGACUCUACUCAUGGGGCGCAGCUUUUUAAAGCCUUUACACCAGGAGCCAUCCCUACCAAACAAUUUUAGUGUUGAUGGCCUCACGACUAACUUUUAUUGCUCAGGGGGAGCAACGCUCACUAGUUUCUUGUAUGAUCCCAAUUUUUGGCCUCUUCUAAACAUAAUUGGAAAUCAAUGUCUUUCUGGUUAUGCAAGUCUCAUUGUUUCUAAUUACAGCAGGACGCCGGAAGACAGUGGAUGAAAGGACAGUCAUGCUAGAGGAUGUCCUAGCAUUCAUCACCGGCUCAAGGACAAUUCCUCUGCUAGGUUUCACCUUGGCUCCUCGAAUAGAAUUUUCAGCACAAAUAAUGCCAACAAGCAGAACGUGCAUAAAUGUUCUGUAUCUCCCUAUUGAUUACCCUCAAAUGGAAGUCUUAAAUGAAGCAUUUGAUGAAUCUUUUAUGAGUAAUUAUUUUGGAAUUUCUUAAUUAGAAUUUGACAGACAACUCAUUACUAUUUAGGCAGCAAACUUAGAUAUAGUUUUUUGUCAACUGGGAGAAAAUGACAUCAGCCCAGCAGUGACCUCACCAGCUUCCAUUGUUUCUGCCGUCCUUCGUACGAUCCACACUAUCAUUGAUUACAAUCCCAAUAUUCAGAUAACAAUUUGUGCAUUCAUUUUCAGAGAUCAACAUUGUGUGUAAUUACUAGUACUUAUAUUAUACUGACAUGGUUAUCAUUUGUUUUCUGUUAAAUUAUUUAUGUGUACCAAAAACUUGUUUCCUUAAUUCAUAGUUAUUAUUUCGCAAAUCGUUGAUCCUGGAAUCUUGAAUCUUUAUCUUCUAUGUCGUCACAGUAUCACGUGACCCGAAUCUGUUGCCUCUUUUUUGCAUAUUGAGGUGAGGUUUACUAAAAUGAUUUUUUUCUACUAAUAGAUAGUUUUUAUACUUUUUAAAAGGUGGGUGUUGAUGCAAACAUAUCUAUAGUGUAUAGUUCGAUUGCUGAAUUUACAAAAUUUGAGAAAUGAAUUUUAACAUGACCAGAAUCCUUUAAUGAUAUCUGCCAUUUAAUAAAAUUCAAUUCAUGCUCAAUUAAUGCUAAUUAAAAUAU